AAGGAGAAAUCACAUCUAGAGAGAGAUAAAGAGAGAAUAUGAUGAUUUGUUGUUUUGAUUUGUGGAAGGGUGGAAAGACAGUAGAGGAAGGGAGUGAGGAGUGGAAAGAGAUGAGCAAGAAAGUGAGAGAAGCAUGUGAGAGUGAUGGUUGUUUCCUCUUGAGGUGUGAUGAGAUAAACUCCAAAGGUGCACGCGAAGAGCUGUUUAAGAAUAUGGAAGAAUUGUUUCGUUUGCCUCAACAAACAAAGCAACAACACAUCGUUUCAAAACCUUUUAGUAGCUUCAACGUCAAUAAGUUUAUGCACACUCACUAUGAAAGCUUUGGACUCGAUGAUGUUCUUCUCUCAACAUCUGUGGACACCUUAGCCAACCUCAUGUGGCCUCAAGGAAACCCACAUUUUUGUUCAUUAAACGUGUGUAUUUUAUGCAGUGAGACACUGAAGGGUAUGAGCUUAAAGAUGUCAGAAGUAAGCUCGAUGAUCUUGAAAAUGAUUGUGGAGGGUUAUGGCCUUUCCCAGCAUCACAUUUCAGAUGUUGAAAACAUGAAGAGUUGUAGCCACGUACGAUUGAACAUGUACAUUACCGACAAAAACAAUACUGCAGACAAGGAUAAAUCCAACGGUCACACAGAUAAAAACACCUUAACCAUUUUGUGCGAAAAUGAAGUUCAGGGUUUGCAGGUGCUAUCCAAAACAGGCACAUGGGUUGACAUAGUGGUACCCCAGAAUUGCUUUGUGGUUAUUGUUGGUGAUACUUUAAAGGCAUGGAGCAACGGAAGGCUUCAUGCAGCGACACAUAGAGUGAUAAUGAGUGGAGAGAAAGAGAGAUACACUUUUGGAGUUUUUGUGGCACCAAAGGACGAGAUGAAGAUUGAGGUGCCUCGUGGGUUGGUUGAUGAGAAAAUUCAUCCUCUUCGUUAUCGUCCAUUUAAUUAUGGAGAGUUUAUCACUCACUUUGUUUCAACUCAUGACCAUAAUGCAGUUGAUGUGUUUGCUGGUGUUUGA